CUCGCGAACAACGUUGAGAUCCUUCGUAUAAAUAACAAGGGCACAACUAGGGUUUUGAGAAACUGCGUGCAGCGUGCGGAGGAGAGGGAAGGAGGCUUCGCUUUAGGAGCUCAGCCAAGAUGGGUAUUUCCAGGGACUCCAUGCACAAGAGGCGUAGCACCGGUGGUAAGAAGAAAGCCUGGAGGAAGAAGCGAAAGUAUGAGCUUGGUCGGCAGUCUGCAAAUACUAAGCUCUCAAGCAACAAGACAGUCAGGAGAGUUCGUGUAAGAGGAGGCAAUGUGAAGUGGAGGGCCCUGAGGUUGGACACUGGGAAUUAUUCUUGGGGCAGUGAAGCUGUUACCCGCAAGACUCGUAUUCUUGAUGUGGUUUACAAUGCCUCAAACAAUGAGCUUGUUAGGACACAAACUCUGGUCAAGAGUGCAAUUGUCCAAGUGGAUGCGGCUCCAUUUAAGCAAUGGUACCUUCAGCACUAUGGUGUUGACAUUGGUCGAAAGAAAAGGUUGGCAGCAAAGAAAGAAACAACAGAGGAGGGAGAAACUGUGUCCGAGGAAACUAAGAAGAGCAACCAUGUCGUUAGGAAGCUUGAAAAACGCCAAAAGGAUCGUAAACUUGAUUCCCACAUUGAAGAGCAAUUUGGUGCUGGUAGAUUGAUGGCAUGUAUUUCAUCCCGUCCAGGUCAAUGUGGCAGAGCUGAUGGGUACAUAUUGGAGGGUAAGGAACUGGAAUUCUAUAUGAAGAAGCUUCAGAGGAAGAAAGGCAAGGGUAGCACUGGUGCUACAGCUUAAGUUUCUUCAUCUCGCAGUAAUCCCCUAUCCGACUCCUGUUUCGGUUUUGGUUUUUAGCUUAUGUUAAUGAGGUUGUGAUGUAAUGCAUUUGGGGAUUUUUUCUCAUUUUCUUUUGUUCUGGUGGUUAGUUUUAUCAGCUGUGAUUCUAUUGCCUAUAUGGAAUGAACUUUAGGACACAGUUGUCUUUCUCUCAUAAGUUGAUUGUGCGAGCCAACAAUCCGGAAAGUAGAAAGGUCAUAUAUGGACGUUGUUUAUACGCAUGGUUUA